UCCCCUAGUGAAGACAGGACGUGCGCCGCCGUGUGCUGAGCGGGUGACUUGGCUGUGUAGUGAUCGCAACGAGCCUUAGGUUGAUCUGCUGGGGUGGGUGUAGUGGGAGUUGUAAACAUUAGUACCGUGGCGGAUUAUAUUAUGAUAGUGGGGUCUAUGAGCGAGGCGGUUGGACACCCAGGCGCCCCACACCUGGCACCGCCGACGCUGCCGCCGCAGUCCUCGCUCUCCCCACCCGGUGCCAUGCUGCCCUCCUUCGGCUUCACGCAAGAGCAGGUUGCAUGCGUCUGCGAAGUCUUGCAACAGAGCGGCAACAUCGAAAGGCUAGGCAGAUUCCUCUGGUCGCUGCCUGCGUGCGAACACUUACACAAGAAUGAAUCCGUCCUCAAAGCCAAGGCCCUCGUGGCCUUCCACCGUGGCAACUUUAAGGACCUUUACCGAAUUCUUGAGUCGCACAAUUUCUCACCGCAGAACCACGGGAAGCUCCAGCAGCUGUGGUUGAAGGCGCACUAUAUCGAAGCAGAGAAGCUCCGCGGGCGGCCGCUGGGCGCCGUGGGCAAGUACCGCGUGCGGCGCAAGUUCCCUCUCCCGCGCACGAUUUGGGACGGCGAAGAAACCUCGUACUGCUUCAAGGAGAAGUCGCGGAACGUUUUACGGGAGUGGUACGCGCACAACCCGUACCCGUCGCCGCGGGAGAAGCGAGAGCUGGCCGAGGCGACGGGCCUCACCACGACGCAAGUGUCCAACUGGUUCAAGAACCGCCGACAGCGAGACCGAGCUGCCGAGGCAAAAGACGGAGACGGCAAAACGCCCACCAGCGGAAACGCCCAGGCGGGUUCGACACACUUGGACAGCGGUUCGGAAUCCCUCGAUGAAGUGAAACCACUCUCCUCACUAGACUCGCCUCUUCCAACGUCAACACCCACAUCGUUCAGAGAAGACCCCGUGGGCCACACCGACCUGUACAGCGAGCUGAGCAAGGUGGGCGGCGGCGCCAACGGCAUGUCCUCGGUGGCGCCCGUGCCGGCGUCCGUGAGCUCGGCGUCCGCCAUCGCCGCGGCCUACCAGACGCAGCUGAGCCUGGCGGCGGCGGCGGCGGUGGCGGCCAGACACAACACGGUGGGCGGCGACCACGGCGGCGCGCCCAUGGCCCCCCCCUCGCACCACGACAUCCUCCACGACUACCACUCGUUGUGACACAGCGGCCUAUAGAGCCUGCCCCCCCGCGCCCUCCUCCCCGCCCGCCCACGCCCGAGGUGACGCGACCGCCGCCGCCACGAUGCUGCCGCUGCUGCCGCGAGCCACAACAUCGCCCACCGCCGAUGACUAGCGGGACGCCCACCGCCCACCGCCGCCGCCCGCCCGUGAGGAGAGGAGGGCGCGCGGAGAGACUGGUUCCGCGGCGAGAGCGAUCCAACAUGGCCGCCGGAAGGAACCACGGAGAAGAAACGAAGGAAAGAGAGAGAAACAAGGAAACGAAACGAAGCAAAGAACGAAAGAAACAGAAAGAAAAAUCCCGGAACCAAAAGACAAAAGAAUCACAGAAGCGGCCCCGUCUGGCACCACCACUCCCCCCCCCUAAAAUGGCACAGAAAUACCCCCAAAACACAUCUUUCUUUUUUACUCCCAGUGACAUUUCUCUCCGCCCUUUCUUUAGCAGCUCCUGAAGGCGUGUGCGAUUGCAUGGGCG